AUGGCCACUGCGCGCGGCCGUGAAACAUUCUGCAAUCCCGACAUGGACCAAGGCCAGGACCGAGACCAGGACCGAGACCAGGACCAGGACCAGGACCACGAUGCAAAGAUAAACAAUGACCACAGCACGCUACAAUGCAGCGAGCCUCGAGACCAAGUCUGCACGGGGAUGCCGGAAGUGCCCGUGACUGUUGAGCGGCCGCCGUUCAUACAGCCGGAUGACGAUGGACAGCAAGAGCAAACGUUGCAGCAACGCGGGAUCAUCCUGACGGCACAACGCAGGAUGACUGGGCUGGGCGGCAUAAACACCAAAGCCUUCCACGCUCUCGGGUUCAACGUCAUCCUCUCGGUGCUCGCUGUCGUCAUCAUCCACAGCAACCUGUCGUACCCCACCGUGCCGGGGCUCCUGCCUGACCCCUUUUUCAGAAUCUACAUUGAGAGAAUCCACAAGAACAAGCACGGGAGCGACACCGGGACGUACGACAACGAGGGCCGCUUUGUGCCUCAAAAGUUUGAAGACAUGUUUUCCAAGUACAGCCGCGGCAAAGACAACCUGACCAUCUGGGAUGCGAUGCACCUGAUCAAGGGCCAGAGACUAAUUGCCGACCCGAUAGGCUGGGGCGGCGCCCUGUUCGAAUGGCUUUUCACGUACAUCCUGCUCUGGCCGCAGGACGGCAAGAUGAAGAAGGAAGACAUUCGGCGUGUAUAUGACGGAAGCAUCUUUUACGAAAUGGCGGCUCGAAACCGAGGCAAGACGCGCGUCCCUAUGCGUGGCUGA